AUAAUCAUCAUCAUAUUUCUAGCUGCUACGUAUAUCCCUUCCCUUAAAAGUAAAAAAGGAGAAAAUCACUUUGCUGUGUGGAAGUGCUUUGUGUGUUUUAUAAAAUCCCCAUAAAAUAUUUAGUGGUUCAAGGAACGGCUGCCGCAUUUCUAAGGCAAAUAGCUUAUCCCUGAAAAAGCUUGAGGAUCUGACUCUCAAGAGUCUUUGUGCUCUGGAUGAAUAAGAAAUCAUUAUUUUUGAACUUCCUUGCUCACGUCAGUGACUUCCACCUGCACCCAAUCCAUUGGUUAUAAGUACCCAUGAAUUGCCUUGCCAAUUAUAGGCAGGAUUACCUAGGAGGACCAGGCAAAACCAAACUCCUGGUAAGCUUUAUUAGCCUUUUCUAUGAUGUGUCUCAGUUUCCAUUUCACACCUUGGAGUGGAAGACAAUCUCUACUCACACUGUUGUGGUACGUGUCUGUCUGUCUCAGAUGUGUGUGUAAGGUGUAUUUCUCAGCUCAGGGUAUCUGAAGUAAUUUCUUUUUUUUUUUUUUUUAAGACCGCUGUCUUAAGGCUUAAAAGUAAUUUAAGGUUUUGUUUUUUGUUAUUAUUUUGAGAAUUGCAGUUUCUUUGGAGACAACAAAGUACUUUUUAUUCAAAGAUGAAAGAGGCAUACUCAGACUUUCUAUGUUAUGUUCAUACUUGUUUUGCUUAUCACUGUAUAACAUUCUCAUCAUGAUGGGCUACUUUAAGCUAAUCAGUUGGAUUUUGGGGUCCUCAUUUAGAAGUCAAUCUGGAAAAAAUAUGGCUGUAAAACUUAGAUGAACCAGUAUGCUAUUUCUCCUUCCUUGUCUGCCUUUAGAGAUGUUUUCUCUUUCUCUCUCUCUUCCCUGACUAUCUCUCUCAAUGAUCAUUGACAGCUCCCCCAUUCCCUCUUUCACUCAGCUUCACUCCACCAUGACCAGAGCAUCUCUCCUGCUACUAUGUGUUGCCCUGGUGCUGCUUUGGCAUGUGAAUGGAGCCACACUAAGAAACAAAGACAAAUGGAAGCCACUCAACAACCCCAGAAACAGAGAUCUGUUUUUCAGAAGCCUUCAGGCAUAUUUUAAGGGCAGAGGUCUUGAUCUUGGAACAUUUCCAAAUCCUUUCCCCAUGAAUGAGAAUCCUAGACCUCUCUCUUUUCAAUCAGAACUUACUGCUUCUGCAUCUGCAGAUUAUGAAGAGCAGAAAAACUCCUUUCACAAUUAUCUUAAAGGCUGAAAGUUUCUUCUGAGCUCAGGUGUCUGGCUAUUGUAAAACUACAGAUGAAGCCUCUCAUUAGAAAAAUUCAACCACUGUCGUAGCUAAACUUUCGUGGAGUUUCUUUCCCCCUCACUUUUAUUUUUCAGUUUGUAAUGAUUCUAUUCCACAUUUCCAUAUUUACAUAUAAAUCGCUGGAACUAUGAUUUCUAUGCAUAUUUAUGGAGUGUUUUUCCUGUACAACCAUAAAUAUUGAUGUAGAGCAGUGCAUGCAUUUGUAGGAGUUACAAAAACAUCACAAACUGAAAAAAGAUUAUAAUCUAAAUUAGAUGUUUCUUUAAGCUUGUUUUUAAAACGUGUCUUUUAAGUUUAUUAUCUUUUAUCAACCAAUUUUUUUUAAAGGGACAUGCUCACUUUUAGUAUAGUAAAAUUUAUUAUAUGUGAUAGGGGGUUGGGUUUAAAAUUUGUCUUCCUUUCCUAAAAAGAAGAUGCAUUCCCAUGUUCAGCAUACACUACUAAAAGACCUCACAGUUUUAGUUUCAUAAGAAAUGAGGGCAAGUGAUAAACAGCCACAAUUAAGUUAAAAUGGAAGCAAACAACCACAACAAACAUGGGAUUCUAGAAGUUGUCAAUGCCUCUGAAGAUGCUCUUUGCCAGAAUAUUCAGAGGUGGACAUUGUGCCACAUCAAAUAUUCUAGCAAUGCCCCAGCCCUUGCUCUCAUACACAACCUCCUCAGGAAGGAAAAGUAGAAACAGGUGAUUUCCUCUCUUUCCAACCAGCCCCUGCCCUCCUUACUCUAGCUCAUGCUGAGUUAUUCUGAUUCCCAUAUUCACAUUUGGAAUAGCUGCUUUUCCUGUAUCUUUAUAGAUAGCUGCAUCAUCUUCUCUAUGAUUCCUGCAAAAGGAAUGUUGCACUAAAAUGCAACAUUGUCCUAACAUUAGUCUGUGCAUUUCAAAAUAGUUUACUGUGGCUUUUUUUUUUUUUGGUGGAUUAUUGAUAUUGUAUAUGAAGAAUAAAAUAUUUGUGCAAGAACAGA